CACACUCCAAUUUCUGUUGCCGCAUCGCACGGGCGCGUGAACACGGUUGCUUGCCUACUGGAUAUGUGGGGCGUGGAGAUCAAUGGGAGGGGUCUAAUAGAUCCGCCCAUUUCUCGAGCGGUCGCACAUGGCCAUCUCGAUGUGGCAAGACUCCUAGUGCAACAAGGCGCACGUCUGAACAUCAAUGAAAGCACGAUCGCAUCUCACGACACUGCGCUCUGCAUUGCUGCUCGUGGUGGUGACUUACAGAUGGCCCAGGCACUAUUACACCAUGACCAAACUGAUGCCAACCUCCGGAAUAAAUGGUUUGAAAAUCCAUUGAUAUUGGCAGUCAAGGGUGGACUUAUCUCGAUUAAAGAGAUAUUAGCAAAGAACGAUUACAUCAAGACGGCCAGUCGAAGCAGAAUGGAAGACGACAGCAUCCCUCAAAUAUUGUUGAGGCGGUCUCCGAGGACAAGAUUUGGUGGUCUGUGA